AGCUCGGACGCACGGACCCGGCCGAUUUGCAUUUUACCCUUUUCUUCCAUCUGCACCCAGUUGUCUUCAGCAUGGUGGAACAGAACCACUCUCCUGGAAAGGAACUUCAGCACAGGACACGAGCAGAGUCUCCAGGAAAGAAAAGCUGGCACUCCCAGGCCUAUGCCCUGGGGGCUGUUUCCAACUUUAUGUCUACUUUUCUGACCUUCCCUAUCUAUAAAGUUGUGUUCCGGCAACAGAUACAUGCUAUGGCGGUGUCAGAGGCUGUGCGACAGCUUUGGCAUGAAGGCCCGCAAUACUUCUACCGGGGAAUAUAUCCACCUCUUCUUUCCAAGACAUUGCAAGGGACUCUACUGUUUGGGACUUAUGAUACCCUGCUGUGUUCUCUCUCUCCUGUUGGGCCACACUCUCUGGGACACCGCUGGGCUGCAGGGCUCAUGUCUGGUGUGGUGGAGGCUGUGGCACUGAGCCCCUUUGAAAGGGUGCAAAAUGUGCUCCAGGAUGGUCGCAAGCAAGCUCGCUUCCCCAGCACCUUCAGCAUUCUCAAGGAAUUCAACUCUUAUGGGUUUUGGGGGCGGCUGUCAAUGGGCUACUAUCGUGGUUUCUGGCCUGUCCUUCUCAGGAACAGCCUGGGGAGUGCUCUGUAUUUUUCCUUCAAAGACCCCAUCCAGGAUGGCUUGGCAGAGCAAGGCUUGCCCCCUUGGGUUCCUGCCUUAGUGUCUGGGAGUGUCAAUGGAACAAUCACCUGCCUAGUUCUGUAUCCUUUGAUUGUGCUGGUGGCCAAUAUGCAGUCCCAUAUUGGCUGGCAAAGAAUGCCAAGCCUGUGGGCCUCUGCGCAGGAUGUGUGGGACACUCGGGGCCGAAAGGUGUUCCUCAUCUACCGUGGAGGCUCCCUGGUCAUCCUAAGGUCCAGCGUGACAUGGGGCCUCACUACUGCUAUCCAUGACUUCCUGCAGAGGAGAUAUCAUUCCAGAAAAGAGCUGAAAGGCUGACUAGCUGGAGGAAGUGUGGCCAUGGCAACUUUGCUAUCCUAAGCCUUCCCAGGUUGGUCUAAAUAGCUUACAUCUUUGGCUUGGUUACCUAAUGCAACAACUGUUUAGCAUCUUUGAACUGCCGGUGCAUGGGAGAAGUUGCCAACUACCAGCCUGUUGGGCACAGACAAAGCCCAACAGGGUUUCUUGGUCAGAAAAAGAAAGUCACACUAGUCCAUCCACAGCUUCAAUAGCCUCAGACCUAGGACCCAAAAAAGCUUACGACUUAAAUAAAAUGUCAUUCCUUUAAAGAAUUUCUUGAAAAUAAGAGGAGAAUUUUAAAAGAUGACCUUAGUUAGGCACUGUGAGUUCUGGGACCCCUCCAGUUGUCCUUUGGACCAAACUUAGAGGAGGACCAGGGACCUAAAUUUCAAAGAACUAUGCUUGACUCUUCGGAUACAGAUUCCAUAGAACUUCUCAGAUGGCUGCAUUUUCAUGAUAUUGUUCACUACCCCUGCCAUCACUCUCACUUCUCAGGGCUGUGUGUUCUUGUUUCAGUCAGGCUGGCAGUUGUGUGUGGCUGGAAAUCCUAAAUUAGACUUGCCUCAACUGAUUAGAUGUCACAAGAACUGAUGAGGCUGGAUAGAGGAGUGGGAAGAAGUAUUGUCACUUCUGUCACUUUGAG